CGCUUAUAAAGGAACCGCCUUUUUCCUUCCUAAUUUUUUUUUUUUUUCUCUUCUCUUCUCUUCAUCUCCGAAGGAUUUCCAUUUCUCUCUCGAUUUCCUUUUCGUUUUGAUCGAGAAUUUAUCAUUGGGCUCUACGCUAUCGCCGCAGUGGCACGGAAUAGAGGAGUUCCAUCUAUGGAGGUCAAUGGACUAAGUAAUAUGAGAACAACAAAUGAUACCAUUCAAAAACCUAAUUGUGCAAAAUUGCACGCAGAUAUUGGUGAAUUUGACCCAUGGACUGCAUGGGCUUACAAGCCCCGCACAAUUUCCAUGCUACUUAUUGGUGCAUGUCUUUUAAUUUGGGCAAGUGGAGCAUUGGACCCAACAAGUGCAGCAUCAUAUGACUGUGUUACAUCUGUGAAGAGGGGCAUUUGGGCAAUGAUUGCAGUCUUUCUUGCAUAUUGUUUGCUUCAAGCACCUUCAACGGUACUCAUUAGGCCACAUCCUGCUGUUUGGCGAUUGGUUCAUGGGAUGGCUGUUGUUUACCUUGUUGCCCUCACUUUUUUGCUCUUCCAGAACCGUGAUGACGCUCGGGCCUUUAUGAAAUUUCUUCACCCUGAUCUUGGAGUUGAAUUACCAGAAAGAUCAUAUGGAGCUGAUUGCCGGAUCUAUGUGCCAGAGAAUCCCAAAAGCAGGUUUAUCAAUGUUUAUGAAACAUUGUUUGAUGAGUUUGUUCUUGCUCACAUUUUUGGAUGGUGGGGAAAGGCCAUAAUGAUAAGAAAUGAACCACUUCUGUGGGUAUUGUCAAUUGGGUUUGAGUUAAUGGAGCUCACGUUUCGCCAUAUGUUGCCCAAUUUCAAUGAGUGUUGGUGGGAUAGUAUUAUUUUGGAUGUACUGCUCUGCAAUUGGUUUGGUAUUUGGGCAGGAAUGCGUACAGUUAGGUACUUUGAUGGGAAGACCUACGAGUGGGUUGGCAUAAGCAGGCAACCGAGUGUUUUUGGUAAGGUGAAAAGAACAUUGGGCCAGUUCACUCCAGCACAAUGGGACAAAGACGAGUGGCAUCCCCUUCAGGGACCAUGGAGGUUCAUCCAAGUGUCAAGUCUUUGUGUGGUGUUUAUGACCGUCGAACUCAACACCUUCUUUCUUAAGUUCUGUCUGUGGGUUCCUCCUCGAAAUCCCGUAGUUGUGUAUCGCUUGAUACUUUGGUGGUUAAUUGCGAUACCCACCAUCCGCGAGUAUAACUCUUACUUGCAAGACAGAAAGCCGGUGAAAAAGGUCGGAGCAUUCUGUUGGCUUUCCCUGGCUAUAUGCAUUGUCGAGCUUCUGAUUUGUAUAAAGUUCGGUCACGGUCUUUUCCCGAAUCCCAUGCCGUCAUGGUUGGUACUUUUCUGGACAACUGCAGGGGUGUCUUUCGUGGUUUUCUUGCUUGGUUGGACGUGGCAAAUUCAUCGAACAUUAUUAAAAAAGAGGCAAUAACUGUCAUUAGAUGCGUAUUAUUUUUGUAACACCAUUCUUAAUUUUUUUUCCUCAACAUAUAGAAACGCUGUACAUAAGUUAUUGUAAAUUUUUUUUAACUUCUGGUUCAGACCGGGAAAUCAGUUGGUCAUCCAGCAUGUAGGCAAUUAUUUUCUUCUGUUCAUGAUUUCUGUUGAAGCAUUCUGAUCAACUAGAUUGUAUUUUUGCUAUUCACUCAGUAAAUUGAGCAUUUUUCAGUUUCAA